GAGUAAUUGGUCUUGGCAAAGCAGGACAGUUCCUGACUCGGUGACAUGUCUCUCACGGUUUUGCAAGCGAUCGUACUUAUUACUCUGUGUGUUUUGAACACUUUUGCUGACCGCACAGAAAUUGUUGAUGAUUCUAUGGUAAGAGAUGGACUAAAUCAAGAUGAUUUGAGAGAUCAGCGACUACUGGACGAGAUCCGCGAAAAUCCUUUUCGCCGCUUCAUACAUGUCAUAAGGUCGAAAACGAUGGCGAUGUGCGAUUCCCCAACAAGCGAAAAGGCUUAUAAUUUCAAACAUCUGCAUAACGUAGACUGCCGACCUUUCCCCACCUUAGUACCAGUCGAGCCGGCUUCAGCGCAAGUAGAUGACACCGUUUUGCCAAGCUUUAUAAGCCUUCAUCGCUGCGGUGGCGAUUGUUACCGCCAUGAAUCCAUUUAUCGAUGCACUACAAUUAAAAGCGAAACAGUGAAUGUCAAUGUGCACAUUCAAAGGGGUAGUAAUAUACGGCACUGUAUCGUUCCUAUGACGAACGAUACAUGGUGUGGAUGUAGUUGUGUGCACAAUGCCAACGAAUGCAAUCCUGAGACGCAUGAAUGGAGGGAGAGCGAAUGCUUGUGUGUUUGCAAGGAGGAACUAUGGGAGUGGUGUUUGUUGAAAGGAAUAAGUUAUAAAUGGAAUGAUAAGACCUGCACAUGUGAGACCAAAAAGAGAAAGCGCUCAGGUUAAUUUACUCUAUUAUUGUAAGAAACAACGAUAAAAAACGAAUGAUUAUAAAAAAAACACUCCCUUGUGAAUUUACUAUUGCAAACGUAUUCACAGUAAACUCAACACAAAAACAAUACUGAUAUGUCUAUCAUUGAAUUAGACAGUGUAUUAGAUAGUUGCAAAUUGAUUUACACAAAAUAACGUCUCUAUCGCUCUGUACGCACAAGUGUCUCACAAAUUUGUUCGCUGUCAAACACGUACACUCACUCAAUUUUAACCGUUUUGGCGUAUUAAAAGGGCCGUAGCCAAAGUUGCAGUCGCAUACUGUCCCAAAUUUAUUCAGUCCCUAAUUGGGAAUAUACUCAGGAACAUAGUGGUGACUUUGACUUUCGGGAAAGUCAAUGCUUUGAAUAAAAGUUGUGCAAUUCUAGCCUCCCCCACAGGCGUCUCCUUCCUUUCCAAUCUUUUUCUGUUUACCCUUGGGCUUCCUGUCUUCCUCAAUAUGACCAAUAUGUUAACAAGCGGAAAAUAUAAAAGAGGAGACCUUCAUUUCUUGGCGGUCACAAUGUCCCUCUCGGUCAAGAGAACUGUUUCUUGCGGAGGAUGCUAGUGUUUUUCAAACCCAAGGCCGAAAGGGAAUAUGGGUCACUGCAUAAUUAGAUGUGCAGCGUGCAUCAGUGUCUUUUAAGAAAUUCAAAUUUCUUGUGUUU